UGUAGGACCCAAUAGUCUGUUCAGAGAAAAGGGGCCCAGAGGAACUCUCUGACUCUUGAAAAUGGAAAGUCUACUGAAGACGGAAGUUGCUCCAUUUGGUGUUCUUUUGAUAAAAUUAAUUGAAGGGUUUUUUGAGGCCUGCUAGUCCAACCCUUUGCUCAAAGCAGAGUCUACCCUGCAACUACCAUAGCCCUGCUGAGUGACCCUCGUCCUCUACUUAUACACCCUCAGCCCACUCCCUCCUGCGUGGUCUGUUCCAUUGUUGAACUGCUUUUGUCAUUAGGAAGUUGGGCCGAAAUCUGCUUCCUUGGCAUUUCCAAACAUUGUUUUUCAUUCCGCCCUCUCUUCACCAACAGUUAAUAAGUCAGCUUUGUGUUCUACAUGAGAGCCUUGAAGAUAUUUCAAGACAACCAUCAUGUCUCCUCUUCGCCAAGCUAAACAUACCCAGCUUUCCUAACCGUUCCUUACAGGACAGCCUGAGCCGUAUUUCAUCAGGGAUCAGGGGCCACCUCCUGGGGGCCUAUUGUUGUUGUUAUUGUUAUUCUUGUGCAAUUUAUAUACUGCUUAACACCAUGGUCUCCAGAGGUUGGUGGGACCAGAGGCAAAAGUGGACAGAGGAAUGGCUGCGACUCUUACCUUUGUACAGUAGGCUAUAUUUCAGCCACACAAAAGUAGACAUUUCUACGUGCUCUUACAACUCUCCAAACUCCAUCGAGGCAACAAGCUCUUUGGAUUACAAUCAAAAUAAAACAUUGUUUUUUUCUUUUGACUGAGGUGGUGGUGGUACGUGUUUUUGGCGACAAACAAGAAAUUCAACCAACUAUAAAUAUCCAUCUAGGUAGAGCAGAAUCAUGCCUUUUCCUUGAAAACAGCACCCAGGGUGACUCUAUGCUAUACGCGUGCAGCUUUCCAAAUAUGAAUUUGGAAGAAACGGCCUCUUACAGUCAUCACAAUGGAAGGUCAGUUGGCUGGUAAUGGAGAGAUCGUACAACAAGGACCUUCUGCAGCCAGUCCACCAUCCUUCGUUAAUUUGCUGAAAGUACACAGAGAACUGCUUGUUGGUAAAGUCCGUAAUACCCAGUGUUUGAUUGACAACUUGAUCAAGAAUGAAUAUUUCUCAACUGAAGAUGCAGAGAUUGCCACACAGUAUCCUACCCAAGCGGACAAGGUCCGUAAAAUUUUGGAUCUAGCCCAGAGCAAAGGAGAGGAAGUUGCAGAGUAUUGUAUCUAUGUUGUGCAGCAAGUCGCUGACGCUUAUUAUGAGCUGCAUCCGUGGCUAGAAGAGAUCGGGUUUCGCCCUUCAGAGGUCAUUGGUAAUAAAACUGUGGAAAAUACCGACCCAGUCAGCAGGUAUCGUCAGAAACUUAAAGAUGAAUUGGGUCGAGACACAAAGUUCAUCAUGUCGUAUGCCCAAAAGGAGGACAUGUUGCUUGAAGAAACUUAUUCUGCCAACAUUAUGGAGUUUAUCAAGCACAACAAUGAGAAACUCAGUGACGUGAAUUGCUUGGAUGACCUGCUUGAUGACAACGUUGGUCUCAUUAAUGAAAACGGAGAGACAGUCUAUAUCUUUGGUGAUGCAGGAAUUGGGAAAUCCAUUCUGCUGCAAAAGAUGCAAAAUCUCUGGUCCAAGGGUGAAUUCAACAUAGGGGCCAAAUUCUUUUUUCGUUUCCGAUGCCGGAUGUUCAGCUGUUUUAAGCAGGAUGAAGCCAUAUAUUUGAAAGACCUCCUGUUCAAGUACAACUGUUUCCCAGACCAGGACCCAGAGGAGGUCAUUGACUUCAUUGUGAAAUUCCCUCACACGGUUAUGUUCACAUUUGAUGGCUUUGAUGAGAUCCAUUCUGACUUUGAUCUCAGCAGCGUUCCUGAGAUCUGUUCCCCCAAUGAACCCAUCCACCCGCUUGCUUUGCUGGUGGGCCUCCUUAGCGGGAAACUUCUGAAGGGAUCUCAGAAAGUCCUGACAGCAAGGACUGGGACAGAAGUUCAUCAAAACAUUGUCAGGAAGAAAGUACAUCUCCGAGGGUUUUCCAGCAGUAACCUGAAAGAAUAUACCAAAAUGUUUUUCAAAGAUGAAGGGUGUCGGACCUUGGUCCUGAACCAGCUGGAAGCUAACCCAAAUCUGAGCAGUUUGUGCUUGGUGCCUUUAUUUUGCUGGAUUAUCUUCAAAUGCUUUGACCAUUUCCACUCUGCAUUUGAAAGCCAUGAUCUCCCGGAUUUCACCGUUACCUUAACAGAUAUUUUCUUGCUCAUGACCGAAGUCCACCUGAACCGAAUUCAGAAGACCAACUUGCUGAAGAAGAACAACAGGAGCCAAGUGGAGACCUUUAGGUCCAACAAAGACACAUUGUUUGCAUUGAGCAAAAUAGCCCACAUGGGGAUGCAAAAGUCUCUCUUUGUCUUUGACCAAGAGGAAGUCCUCACCAACCUCUCCGACCAGGAACUGCACUUGGGUUUCCUCAGGGCGGUUUCUGACUAUGGAGGCUGUGCAGACCAGCCUUCCUACGAAUUUCUGCACUUGACUUUGCAGUCCUUCUUUACUGCUUUGUUUCUGGUCACUGAUGAGAAAGUGGGUGCCAAGGAGCUGCUGAAGUUUUUUGCAGAAUGCUCCACCCUGGACACCACCCUGUCCUCUUGCUUGCCGAUUGCCUGGUUGAAAAAACACCGCCCAACAGGCGAGGAUCCUUUCCGGAACAACGAGCACUUUCAUUUCACCAACCUCUUCCUCUGUGGUUUGCUGUCCAAGACCAGGCAGAAACUCUUGCGGCAUUUGGUUUCUUCAGCGUCCAUUAAGAAGAAAAGAAAGGUGCUCCUUGCCUAUUUCUUUGGAAGCAUGAAGUCCCACCUGAAGGGCCUGAACCGGGCAAGGCUUAAGGAGUAUAAGCAGAUCCAAGUGAUGCCCAAUUUUGUUUGGAUGCUGAGGUGCAUCUACGAGACUCAGAGUGAGAAAGCAGGCAAAGGGGUUGCCAAGAGCAUGCGUGCCAACUACAUCAAGCUGACCUACUGCAAUGCCUAUUCUGCCGACUGCAGCGCCAUCUCAUUUGUCAUGCAUCAUUUCCAGAAGCGCCUGGCCCUUGAUCUCGACAACAACAACAUCAAUGAUUAUGGGAUAGAGCAACUGCUGCCUUGUUUUAGUAGGCUGGCAGUACUCAGGUUAAGUGUUAACCAAAUCACAGAUCAAGGAAUAAGAGUGCUUUAUGAUGAGUUGUCCAAGUACAAAAUUGUGACUUAUUUGGGCCUGUACAACAAUCAAAUUACUGACGUUGGAGCCAAAUACGUUGCAAGACUCAUUGAGGAAUGUCCAAGCCUCAUAUAUAUUAAAAUAGGAGCAAACAAAAUAACCACCGAGGGAGGAAAAUGCCUUGCUUAUGCCAUCCAGAAGAGUAAAACGAUGUAUGAAAUUGGGAUGUGGGGUAAUAAGAUUGGGGACGAAGGCGCCAAAGCUUUUGCAGAAGCAUUGAAGAAUCAUCCCACUAUAACAAAUGUUAGUCUUGCAUUUAACGGCAUUACGACAGAAGGAGGCAAAAGCAUCGCAGAAGCUAUGAAACACAACAACACGGUGAAUAUAUUUUGGCUAACAAAGAACGAGCUGGAUGAUGAAGCGGCUGAGUGCUUUGCUGAAAUGGUAAAGGUCAACAAGAGAUUGGGCCAUCUGUGGCUUAUCCAGAAUCAGAUUACCAGCAGAGGAGUCAAGUGCCUAGCCGACGCUCUCCAGCACAAUACAGCCAUUAAAGAAAUCUGCUUAAACGGAAACCUAAUAACCCAAGAGGAUGCAAAAGCCUUUGAAAACGAAAGGAGGCUCAUUUGCUUUUGAGGAAGGAGGGGAAAAGGAAUCCCAGGUUGGACGGCUGUCAGGAUGCCAAGGCUACUGGGCAGCAGCGGCUGAAGCCCAACUAUGAUGUGCGAUUGACUGCAGGGGAGCAGGGCAGAGGGAGAAGUGUGCCUCAUAUUGUGCUUGAAAAAAUAAAAUCUCUCCUUGCUGCUGUUUUUACAUGUUGUAACAGA